AUGCUACCUAAAAAACGCGAUUUAGACGAAAAGCAAAUUCGCAAGCGCAAUAUUCGAUUGCGCUUCAAGAGAUUGGUGCUAAAUGUGAUGCUGAAUCAGCAAUGGAUGGAUGAUCCCGAGGAACAGGGCAUCGUGAUGAAUGCUAAGAGGAACGUUGCCUUUCUCAUCAGGCAGAAGCGGAAGACCGGAGUGCUGACAGUUGCGGAAAAAUCUUUGCUGCGAACUCCCCAUGCGAACCGCACGGUUGAGGAUCGUAAGAAACUCUGCUUAAUUGUAGCCGGUCUGCCGUGUUUCUCCCAUCUGCCUCCAAAACUACGAGUCCGGCUAAUACCGUAUUUAAGGUACUCCAACUAUGGAGAAGAUCGAAUGCUAAUACGACAAAAUGAUAUACCGAUUACGGUUUACUUCAUGAUAUCUGGCGAGGUUGAAAUGAGGAAAAACGUCAUCGAUAAGAGCACAAAGAAAACGACCAUGGUCUCCGAGGCGAUUGUGGGCGUGGGCGACGUCAUAGGCGAUGUGGCCUUGCUCGAGGACUGCCUGCGACUUAACACUUAUGUAACGCUUACGCACUGUGAGGUUCUCUCCAUUACCGACGAUGAGUUCAAAACAGUGUUGGGUAAAUUCAUGCGAAAACAAUGGAAGCAAAAAAAAAUGGCAAUCCGUUCGUUAACAUAUUUCAGUUUUUUCAGUGAAGAGCAGAUGGUGCGAGCAUGCGCCUAUUGCCAGCUGGAGCAGUACGAUCCACUGCAGUCAAUCUACUCGGAGGACAGGGGCGCUGUCAGCUGUGUUCACUUCAUAUUGAGCGGCGAGUGCGUAGUUUUACAGUGCCUCAAAAUGUUCCGAGUGAUCAAAGAGGAUGGCACAAGAACGUACGAAUUGAUCUCUGUUAAGGAGAAGGAACAGGAUAUUUUUGUCAAUCCCACAAAAUCGGCCCGAUCAUUCAAUAGCUCAUUCCUCGACGAAGCGCAAAGAAAGGAUAAACAAUCUGAAUCGGAGUUCAAUAUCGCUGAACUGCUGGCAUCGUCAUCGGACCUGAACACCGAGGAGUCUAGGCUGCUAAAAAAGGCGAAGCGUAAAACGGGUCUGCGAGAAAUUGAAAUUGCUUGUGGACUUGCCAAUGACACCUUAGUCAGUUCGAGUAAAAAAAAGUUACGAGGCUCCUCCAGGCGAAUAACACCAAUACACAAGCAUUCAAUGAAUAGCAUGUGGAAGGCGGAUUACGAGGAGGACGAAGAGGGUAUGGUUGCCUCUAUUGAUGAGGACGAUGUGAUCGAUGAUGAUAAGUCAGUCAAAAGCGAAAACGGAAGCACAAAGAAUAGCGAUCCGAAUAGCUCAACAACGAGAUUUUCGAAAUCUUCUACGAUAAUCGAUAAACAGCCAUUGAGCGAGGUGGAGCUCACCACGACCGUAAUCGGUCCCAAGCUGAGCAGGACCAAGAACGUAACUGUUGCUGCUACAGAUGCAUCGGGCUCAGGCGAUUCAGACGAUAGCUCAAGCUCGCUGCUGGGAUUUCACAUCCGCCAUGAGAAGAGGAGUUUAGCAAAUAUGCCCACAGAGACGCAUUUCAUAGACGUCGGCUCCAUGACCUAUGGCGGUAUCUUUGGCCUGGGUGAAAAAAUCACCCAUCGUGUCAUAAUGGCCCGCACCGUGGUGCAAUGUCUGCUAUUGCCUCGUUAUUGGCUCAUGGCAACGGAACAGAAUCCGGGCCACAUCUGGUUGCGACGCAGAUUCUCGCUGGAAACGAAUAUACCGUCGCGCGAGGAGCUGUUCAAUCAUUUCAUGAAGACGCGCCGCUGGGAGAAGUUCAAGCAUGAUUAUGUGCAGAGCACAUUGGUUGAGACCAACAGCAACGGUACACAUCUAGAAGAUAUACCCAUUAUCUGUCGCAUUGUUGAAACUACAGAGACUAUCUAAAGCAAAUCGGAUUGACUUUGGCUAACCAAAUUCUAUGUGUGUGUGCUCAGAA